AUGGUCAAGGUCGCAAAACCAAAAAAGAUAUGCGAAUGCGACGAAUGUAACACUAAACGACUCCAAUCUAUCUUUUAUGAUGCUAGCGCAAUUAUGGAUUCCGUGUCUCCAGAACAAUUCGAAACAAUUGAUCCAGCAUGGACACAGCUGUUGACGUCGCUUGGUACCUUUGCGUCCAUCGCAGAGAAGGUUGCGGAACUUGAUUCUCGGGCAAAGCUGGCCGUCAGUGCCAUGACUUUUGCAUUCAAGAUCGUACUCGAGCAAGUUCAUCGGGACGCGAAAAUUGAAGAAUUGAUUCGUAUUAUAGACGAUUUAUAUCGAUUCUUUUUGGAGUCAAAGCCGAUGGAGAAGAUUGCGUUGUUCAAGGACACAUUGCAGCGUAUACUCACUCAAACGGCUGAAUGUGCUUAUUUUAUUGCGACUUACAGGAAACUCAAACACUUUGUUCAGAGAGCCGUGGUGAAUGUUGUCUCCAAUGCCGAUUCAAUGAUAUCGAAGUUCGAAGUGGCGUUCGGCGAACUGAAGAUCGAACUUAUCCUGGGAACUGCCCUUCAAACAGCGGUGGUCUCAUUUCGGAUUCUCCAAAAAAUUGAGAGCGUAGAGAACCUGCUGUAUCUUAACAAUUUGCCAAAACUGAAAGCCAUAAACUGGGACUCUGGGAAGGUUUGCGCUCGGGGUACCCGUCAGAAUAUCAUCGACGAUGUAGUUCGAUGGGCUUCGGCGUCCAGUCCCAAGGAAACGGCACAGGAAAGCCGUAUAUAUUUGCUUUCUGGACCCCAAGGCUGCGGAAAAUCGGCCAUAGCGCAUACCGUCGCUCAGGCAUUCCACCAGCAAGGGAGGUUAGGAGCGUCGGUGUUUCUUAAUGGGGAUGCAGGCGAGGCAGAUUCUCAGAGAGUGUGCAGCUCUAUUGCAUUUGAGCUUUCUGGAUACGACCCUACGAUUCGCUCUCAAAUGGCCGACCUUCUAAAGGCCGACCAUUCUCUUGCGUGGGCUGACAUUGGACGACAGUUUCCUGAUCUCAUUGUAAAGGCUACCAGAAACCUCCUGCUGAUUGGGCCAGUCUUAAUCGUUCUUGAUGGACUGUAUGAAGGCUUAGUCCCAUCGGAGCAGCACAGGCUCAUAACUGCCUUAUCCCUUCACUGUGCCAGUCUCCCGCCCAAUUUUCGCAUUCUCAUGACAACUCGCCCCCACGACUCUGUUAUGGGAACCUUGAAACAGGCAGCUCACUGCCAUAUCCAUGAGAUCGGAUUUGACGACGAGGGAAGUAUGCUCGAUACAAGCAGCUAUAUAUCGCAGUGCCUUCGAUCGCUCUUUGAAAAGAAACCCAAACUUGGGGAACACUAUUCCGCAGAGGAACUUCAUGACCAGUUCGUAACCCGGGCGAUGGGAUUACACCUGUGGGUUUCUACAAUUAAUCAGGCCCUUCUUUCAUGUGGCGAUGGCAUGGAGGUGUCCAUUUUAUCGCGCGUUUUAUCGUUGCGAACACCGUUAUCGAAAGAGGAUACCAUGGACGAUCUAUUUCGCGCGAUUAUUGGGGUUAUUCCUUACCCAAACCUGGCCAUCUCGACGAUCUUGGGGACCUUUAUUAAAUCGACGAAGCCGCUUUCCCUGUCAGUACUUCGACAGGUUGCUGGUGAUCCUUUCAAGGACAACGAAUGCAUAGUUGACAUCAUGCGGGGUCUCGGAUGCAUCAUUGAAAAAGGACGAGGACGCGAGGGUACCCUUCUAUAUGGCAUACAUCCGAGUCUCGAAGACUUUUUGACCAACGACGCACGAUGUGGCGACACAGGAAUAGUCAUCAAUCCGUCGCUCAGGAAUCGUUCCAUGGCAGAGGCUUGUCUCGAUGAAUUAAACGUCAGCUUAAAGCAAAACAUUCUCUGUCUCGACAAUGUAAUGGCAUUGAACGAAGAGAUCCAUGACUUAUCCGAGCGCAUUGAAAAACACAUACCACAAUCGUUGCAUUAUGCGUGUCUUCAUUGGGUCCCCCACCGAAAGCGAUACCCGGCGUGA